UGGAAGUUACAGGAGAGGGUGGCAACUUGGACGCUCCCUCUUUUUUCCCCCCCUCAAUUUUCUUCUGCUCUCUCUCUCCCUCUCUCUGCUGUUAGAAUCCCUCUACCAUUCAGUCCAGAGGAGACACUUCAGCCAGACAGCAUCUGAUUCCGAAGGAAAGAUGAGUAACCACUUGAUUCUUCACUUGGCAUGUGUGAGCAUGGUUCUCCUCUGGGGUCAUGGGUAUGCAGUGCAUGUGCCCCUGGUCUAUAGAAUUUCCAUGGAUGGCAGUGGUGAUGGAGGGGAGCCGGAUCUCAUUAUCCCCGUCGAUGGCCCCCACCACCCUCUCUCCCCCGUCGAUGUCGCCCCAGAUGUCGAUGUCACCCCCGUCGAUGUCGCCCCCGUCGACGUCGCCCCCGUUGAUCUUUCCCCCACCACUACCCUAGCCCCCACCCUGGUCAGCACCAUCACCAAUACCAUCACCAUCACCAUGAUCCGCUUCAAGGACUUUAUGCUCACCCGGGUGGUGGACUUCCUCCAGGAUAAUAUGCUGAUCAUAAUUGUGGUCACCUCCCUCCUCAUCGUCAUGAUCUUCAUCAUCUGCUGUGCCGCUACCAUGAGCCAAAAGCGCAAGAUGGAGGCCUACAAACCCCCUGCCAACCCACCCAGGAAAUAUAUGGGCGACACAGCUGGCGGAGUCGAACCCUCCAGUGAGGUCCAGAGUAGGGUCUCUGACGGGCCUGAUUUUGCCAGGAGGGUCCAGAUCCAGGGAACCCCCAAGAAUCUGCGCACCCCUUCCACCGCACUGGUGGGGGAAAAGGUGGGUAAGGAGCCCAAACCGAAGGAGGUCCAGAAAGUGAGGGAGAUAGAGGAGGAGGAAACGCGCAGAGUGGAGUCUAAGCACAAGGGCCAGAAGGCUGAGGAGGUGCCGCAGAGCUCCAGCACCAGCCAGCCCAUGGUCUGCACCUGCCACCUGCGGAAGGCAAACCACUAAGUAUAGGUUGGGGCUCCAACCAUGCAAACUAGCAAAAAAGGAGAUUGAGGCCUUUUCUUUUGCAGAGGGAACUCCCUGGGUACGUCAGCUGCUGUGUGCCAAACUUGUCUGUGGAAUCUGACUCUGUCGGCACCUUUAGCAUACAGAUAUAACUGGGUCUAGUUAGCAUACAAAGGCCUUAAAACAGAAGGAAUUUCAGGUUUGACUGCUAAAAUAUAUAUAUAUAUAUAUAUGUCAUAUGUAUAUACAGUACCAGUCAAAAGUUUGGACACAACUACUCAUUCAAGGGUUUUCUAUAUUUUUACUAUUUUUUACAUUGUAGAAUUAUAUUAAAGACAUAUAUUUUAGAUUCUUCAAAGAUGCCACCUUAUGCCAUACACUUUGCAUACUCUCAGCAUUCUCUCAACCAGUUUCACCUGGAAGACUUUUCCAACAGUCUUGAAGGAGUUCCCACAUGCUAAGCACUUGUUGGCUGCUUUUCCUUCACUCUCAUCCCAAACCAUCUCAAUUGGGAU